AUGGCGUUGCAAACACAGGCCGCAAAUGUAGCCGCGAAACCCACGAUUCUGCAUCUCGGCGACGAUAUACGCUGGAAUCACGAACUGUACCGCGAGUUGGCGGCCACAUUCCAUGUUGUGCGGACGUAUUCGAUGGGGCGUGAGGAGUUUAAGGCGGCGCUGCGGGAAGGGCGGUGGGGGGAUUUUGUAGGCAUGUACCGGCCGUUUUGGAAUACUGGGGGGGAAAUGGGGAAUUGGGAUGAGGAAUUGAUCUCUCUCCUCCCUUCCUCUUGUAAAAUCUACGCCUCAGCCGGCGCAGGCUUCGACUGGGUCGACACGCGCACCAUGGCACUUCACGGCAUCAUAUACUGCAACUCUGCCUCCGCGUGCACAGAGUCCGUCGCCGACGCCGCCAUCGUGCUAAUCCUGUCCUGCUACCGCGCAAUCACGUGGUCCUUCCUCGCCGCGCGCUCCCUGUCCACCGAGCAAUUCCACGACGCAAACCGCAACAUCGCCGCCGUGACACACAAUCCGAAUCAUAGCGUUCUCGGCAUCAUCGGUCUCGGCCGCAUCGGCAUGCGGAUUGCAGAAAAAGCGACGCGCGCGUUUGAAAUGCGCAUCGCGUACUACGAUGUUGUGAGGCAGGAUGCGGAGCGAGAGAAGAGCGUGGGGGCGACGUAUUGUGCUAGCCUGGAGGAGUUGCUGGGGAUCGCGGAUUGCGUGGUGCUGGCUACGCCGUUUGAAGGCGAAGUGCUACUGUCUACGCCGCAGUUUAAUCAGUUUAAGCCCGGGGCGCGGCUCGUGAAUAUUGCGCGUGGGAAAUUGGUGGAUGAGGAGGCGCUGAAUAAGGCGUUGGAUGAAGGUAAGGUCGGGGCGGCGGGACUUGAUGUUCAUGCCGAUGAACCGCGUGUGAAUCCUAAGUUGGCGACGAGAAAUAAUGUUAUGGUUUUGAGUCAUACGGCGGGAGCCAGUGUGGAGAGUCAUAUAGGGUUUGAGCGGUUGGGCAUGGAGAAUUUGCUGGGGUGGUUGAGGGAAGGGGAGAAGGGAUGUGUUAGUGCGGUCAAUCUGCAGUGGUUGAAGAGGGAGUGA